AUGAGUCGCCGCAAUCGAAAGGACGUCGACGAUCUCCUCGCAGAUCUCGACAAUCUCGGCACCGAACAGCCCACCAAACCACCCCGCAAAUCAGCUGACAAGGGCACGUCGUCUUCUACUGCUGCCUCGAACGACAUUGCAGCGGCCGGCGAUGCGCAGAGCUUGCUUGAUGACUUGGACAGUCUAGUGCAGAAUAGGGCUGCUUCCAGCAGUCGUGCGUCGCUGCGAAAGAAGGACGACAUUCCGGGCUCGCCAGCUACCGCUUCGGACACUGCGAAGGCGACUACACAGCCAACGCCGACAGCAGCUCCAGAGGUGCCCGCUGUUGCUGCUGCGCCGUCGGAAACAGUCGCAGCGGAAGCGGACGUACCGAGCUCAGGUUCGGGUGGUGGCGGUUGGUCCGGCUGGGGAAGUUCUCUCUUCUCGCAAGCGACCAAAUUGGCCGAUCAGGCGCGACAAGAGUUUGAGAAGAGAGCGCCGACGCAGGCCGAGCAGGCCCGCGAGCUGGGCUCAAAGGGCUGGGACCUGGCCAAGGGCGUUCGUGGCUUUGUCAAGGAGGCUGGUCUGGAGAAGUGGGGUGAGGAAGUCACCAAGGUCGGCAAGCGCGGAUGGACCGACAUUGUCAACGCUGUCGCCCCGCCCAUCGCAGCCCACGAGAUCAUCCAAGUCACUCUCAGUCACGACAUGAUCGGAUACGAUGGCAUCUCGGACGUCACUUACCAAGUGCUCGCCAAAGUGAUGGAACAAGUCGAUUCAUCCGGCACUGAGCAGCAGCUCAUCGUUAACAAGGCGCAAAUCGAGACUCCCGCUUCCAAGCCCAAGACCGGAUCCGAGGCGAGCGAGCAGGAUCGCGACUUGAAUGCCGUCGAAGGUUUCCCUGCUGCUUUCCGUUUGGCUAGAGUCAACCUGGACGAGUGCAUCAAGCAGCACGAGGUGGCAGCUCCACCGCAAAAGACGGCGGGUGAUGCUUCGGCGUUGCCGAUCACGACGUGCCCCGUAUUUGUGCGCAUCCAGGCGUGCCUUGCGGAUCUGCCGGGUGAUGCACCGGGUGAAGGUGGAGAGGUCGGAGAGGCCAACAAGUCGCUCUUCUUCCUCGUGCUGCUCAAAGACCCUCAGCACGGUCUCAGUCACAAGACGGUUUCUCAGGCCGUUCCCACUUCUUGGCUCGAAGUACCGUUCGAGGACAACCAAUGGGUCGAAGAGUCGCUCGUCGACGUUCUCUCCAAUGCGCUCAGCAUCGUCGGUCAGGACUACGUGCAAGGCCGCAUGUCUGGCCGCACAAAAUCGUCCAAAGAGGGUCUUGCCAACGAUACCACAGUCGAGACAUCUGCAUGA